AUGAAUAUCGAGCAAGACGAACUAAAUACCCAACCCAUAGAGGAGGCUUUUCAACCCGGGAGCUGUCUCCAAUGCAAGGCCGAGAAGCGAGAGGCUUCCAAGUAUCGAUGGAAACUUGUGCUAUGUCUACUCAUGCCUUAUGCUCUUCAAGCACUCGACGUAACCAUUGUCGCUAGUGCUUUGCCAUGGAUUGCUGCAGACUUCGGCGAAAUCGCCCAACUCAACUGGAUCAUCUCAGCCUUCAACCUGACUUCGGCCGCAUUCAUACCCUUCUGGGCACAGAUGGCCGAUAUAUUCGGACGACAUUGGUCUCUCCAGAUGUGCUCCUUCAUCAUGUUAGUCGGCAGCGCCUUAUGCACCGGUGCCCCAACGACUGCUUUCGGCGCUUUCCUCCUCGGUCGAGCUCUCCAAGGUAUUGCCUGUGCGGGGCUUAACACAAUCAUUCGUGCUAUAUUGGCAGAUAAGGUGUCUUUGGAAGAGAAUGCGAAGAACUGGAGUCUCUUCUCACUAGUAGGGGGCUUAUGUUAUGGGCUCGGCCCCGUCAUUGGCGGUUACCUCACUGCGGCCACUGGACGGUGGUGGUGCUUCGGGAUCAACCUGCCUAUUGCUUUCGUCGGCAUCUUGGUCAUCUUUUUCUUCCUUCGGAACGACCUCCUAGGGCCGCAACCGAUCCCCGAAUUAGAUGAGAACGAGACCGGUCAUCGACAGAAAUUCGCCAGGCGCAUUAUGACUCUUGAUAUCGGCGGACAGCUUCUAUUUCUGUUCGGAUUUGGUCUCAUAAUCCUGGCCUUGACGUGGGGUGGUGCAACUUACGAUUGGAACGAUGCUGCGGUACUUGUUCCUCUCAUCGUCGGUACCCUGCUAGCGGGCGCUUGGCUUUACUACGAAUACUCCAUGGCCCCAGGCGGUGCAUUGUCGUUGAAGUUGUCGUCCCAGCGGCCCAUGUUGCCUUGGAACAUUAUGAAGAACCGAAAUAUUAGCCUCUUAUCCUACAUCAACUUCGCCACGGGGAUGGCUAUGUAUAGUGUUCUUUACUUCGUCGACAUUUACUUCACAAUUGUUAAGGGCUUUCUUUCUGAUAAGGCCGGCGUUCAGUUAUUGUAUUAUACGCCAGGGCUUGGAGUCGGUGUAUACCUCUCGAUGUACUUCUGCAAUGUCUGGCCUCGUCAAACAUUCCUACCCCUAUUCCUCGGCUCCGUAAUAGAGGCCAUCGGCGUCGGUAUGAUGGCGUACGCUCUAUAUUUCGAGCACUCGGCCACUAUAUACGGCAUGAUGGCCCUCACCGGCGCAGGUACAGGCCUACGAUUUAUGCCUUGCAGUCUCCACGCCAUCGGGUUCUUCCCGGACCACGUCGCAACAGUGAUUUCUGUAAUGGCUGUUGCUACGACAUUCGGAGGCACAUUGGCUCUUACUAUCAUGUCCGCUGUUUUCAAUAACACAUCAGGCAUCUCGAAGGAUUCCCCUUUCCAGAAUGACUACGACGCUUUGCACAAGCUCCCAGAUGAGAUAAAAGCCCACGUUAUUGAGGGCGUCAAGAAUGGAAUUACUUGGGCAUUCGUCGCACUGACUCCAUUUAUGGUUCUUUGCGUACUCGUAUCAGCGUGUCUAGGCAAUGUAACCAUUAUCAAGAAAACCGACGGUGCUGAGGCUGCUAAGGCCGAAGCCUCGGGUGAUCAUCUGCACGUUCCCCCAGUUCCCCUCCUGCCGCCCGAGCUACGCCUCAAGAUCUGGGAGUACCUGUUAGCGCCGCGCAUCGUAGCAGUAGCCUGCAUCGACGACGACGCCCCGCCACCAGACGAUGCCGACGACGACGACGAGCCCCCGUCCCCAUGGCCCUCGUUCCCCGACCUGCAGGUCCCGCCCCCGAGCGCCGUGCCCGCUCUCCUGCUCGUCAACCACGAGGCCCGCGCGCUAGCGCUGUCGCGCUACGAACCCGCGUUCGCGUGGAAAGUCCCGUACGUCUUCGUCGCCAACUCCCCGUCGCACGGGAGCGCGACGUCUACGAGUACAGCGUCGGCAGCGGCAUCGUGGUCGCGGCCGCGCGUCUGGUUCGACUACGAGCGGGACGCGUUGUAUCUUGUCGGCGAGCUGGAGCCGUGCGACAGCUACGGGUUCAACAGCGCGAUGGCGUAUUUCCUGCGGCGCGAAGAGGCGCUGCGGGUACGGCGGCUGGCGGUUGCGUUCGGCGCCCUGCGGUACGGGGAGGUGGGUCGCAGCACAUUUUCGGGGCGCUGUUCCAUGUUGUGGAUCGGUUCGCGCGGAUCGAGGGGGGGAGGGUGUUGGUUGCGGUUGUGCCGAGGGACGAGUUUACGCAUUUACUGA